AUGUCGUCGAGCCGACCUCCGAAGCGGGCCCGCCGCAUCGAUUCCACAGAGCCACCGGACGAAGACUUGCCAAUAGUGAAGGCGGGCACACCACCGCCGGAAUUAAUUCCGCCUGCCCCAUUCGAACACGACGACAAGUUUUGGUACGAAGACGGGAACGUCAUACUCGUCGCGGAGCGCGUGGGCUUCCGAGUAUACAAGGGUUUACUCGCUGCACAGUCCGACGUCCUGCGCGAGCUGUUCUCGGACUCGCAUCCCGCGGACGCCCAACGGAUCGAUGGGAGUCCUGUCGUGUAUGUCCCCGAUAGGGCGGAGGAAGUGCGGUCGCUGUUGUCAGUUCUUGUGGAGGGAAAGAGCUACAUCACGAAGCGCGACGUCAGGUUUGAGGACCUCGCGAACUGGAUCCGCCUCGCGCACAAGUAUGGCAUCGCGGACCUCCUGGAGAACGCGCUGGCCCUGUUCCGCAGCCUCUUCCCGUCCGACUUCGCUUCCUGGGCCCGUCGCGGCGCACUGCAGUCGAUGCACCACUCGAUCACGGCAGUCAACCUCGCUCGUCUUACCGGAACCACAACAGCCCUUCCCUGUGCUCUGUACGAAUGUUGUCAACUCCCGAUCGAAACCCUCCUCAACGGGGUCGUCUUCGCCGACGGGACGACGGAGAAGCUCGGUACAGAGGAUGCUCAUCGCUGCUUAGCCGCCUUGCCCGUCCUUGGAGCCCAGCUAGCGGUGGCCGUCACGAAGAUCGCCGACAUCAAAUUCGAUAACGCUUGCCCGAAUCCUACUAGGUGUAUGAAGGAGAUUGGCGAUAUCAGACGAGAGGCUCUCGGGACUUUGAAGUCCCGGGAAAUCUGCUGCAACCUCCUCUCUUCAUAG